UUAAAAUGUCACUGAAGCGUCAUUGUCAAAAACGUCAAUAAGAUUUAUCUACAGGAAAUUGAUAAAAAAGGAAUGCCGGAAUGUUGUUAUUUUUCAUUUUCAGAAUUCAGGGUGCUUUUAUGGUUAUUCGUUACAUGAUAUUGAUUGUAAUCUUAUAUUUAUUAUUUUAAUUUUUAAGUAGGUACGUUAUCAAUUUUUAGUGGCAUAGUACUAUCAUAUCAAUUUCCCCGGCGUCACUGAAUAACAAAACACGAUUAAAGAACUAACCUUCAGUAAUCGCCCUAUGCAAUAUCAGGUGGAAGUGAUUGCGUACAUGUCUUACGAACCGUACCGGUGCUAUUACGAAUGUCUGUGAAUGCAUGGUUAUAUGCAUUUAGUGUUUUAUUAAGAAUUUAUAUUUUCGCCGGUUUGCUUCUCAAUUAGUCGUCAUGUUGUCUUGGCUGCAACACCGAUGGACUGGUCUCUGGCUGCUGAUGUUAGCUCUGGGAGCCCUAACCCUAUUUCUAUAUGGCUUCUUUCCAUUAAAAUAUCAUUCGGGGAAGUUUGCUCAUAUGGAUGACUUACCUAAUUUUAUAGAUGGUAUUGGUAUUGAUGGGCAAGAAGUAUACAAUGCUGGUGAACAUACUGUGGUACUCAUGGUCAUAGAUGGCUUGAGAUAUGAUUUUGCCACAGAAGAAUACAUGCCUUACCUAGGUGAACUAUUGAAGAACAAAUCUGCCUGUAUCUAUGUAUCUGUUGCUGAACCACCUACAGUCACUAUGCCUAGAAUUAAGUCACCGGAGAGGAAAAAGGAGAAAGCACAAUGGAGACGCACCAUAAACUUCUGGAGAGAUAUAUUUGCAAUGAUGACAGGCAGUAUAUCAACGUUCGCGGACGUGGCACUGAAUUUCGGUGCACCUGCUGUAAGAGGUGAUAGUGUCCUACGUGUGGCGGCCUCUCGCGGUAGACAUUCAGUUAUGUACGGAGAUGACACGUGGCUCAGACUCUUCCCUGGUCUAUGGGCGGAACAUGAUGGUACCACUUCGUUCUACGUCACAGAUUAUACAGAAGUGGAUUAUAACGUGACCCGUCAUUUAGACAAAAUUCUCUCGCCGGAUGAAGACAUGAAGCCGAUAUUCGAUUUCCUAGUCCUGCAUUACUUAGGGUUGGAUCAUAUAGGACACCUAGAGGGUGCACGGAGUCCAAAAAUAAAACCUAAACUGAUAGAAAUGGACGAAGUAGUCAAGAAAUUAUACACUGCAAUGCGACAAUGGUCGCGUACGGGAGUGCUAAUAGUGUGCGGGGACCACGGCAUGAGGGACGCGGGCGGUCAUGGCGGCGCCUCGCCAGCUGAAGUACUCGUGCCCAUAGUCGUUGUUAAAACUGAUGAUGGCUUCCGUUGCCCGCAUCCUAGUGGUCCGGGUCCAACAGUGGGCCAAGUGGACAUAGCUCCGACAGUAGCGUGGCUGCUGCGCGCGCCGCCGCCCGGCGACAGCGCGGGCCGCCUGCUGCCGGCGCUGAUGCCCGCAGACGUACGACAGCAUCUCUACCUGCUGCAUGUCCUCGCCUCACACAAUGCCAAGCAGGGACUGCCCACUGAUACUGAAUUCUACAAGCAAUUCAAAAGAGCAGAGAAGCAGUUUGCUCAGUUCCUAGCGACGGGGCAACAGAGUGCUGCUAAAAUAGCCAAGGAAUUCUAUGACGAGUCUUUAGACGCUAUGUCCAAAUACCUCACAGAAACCACAGCGGAAUUUGACCUAUUUGCUAUUAACUUCGCAACAGUUUUGCUAUAUAUUCUGGCGGCCGCAGCGUCAUGCACAACUCUGUACUCAUUACAAACAGAAAUACGCAAGCCGAGUAUAACUCAUCACCAACCUUCCAAACUCAGUUUACUCCUCGCCUUUGCUAUCAUGUUCAUCAUCUUCUCCAUCAUCCUCGUCAUCUCCUGCUUCAUCACCGAGACAAAAAGUUCCUUCUGUUCCUUCAGCCCUCUUUGGUCUAUCGCAUUUUUCGCAGCAGCUUUAGUUCUGACAAUUGCAUACUUUGUCAUAAAAACCGGUGUUGAAAAAGUCAAAGACAUGACUGCAUUAAAAGAAUUGAAUGCAAUCGAUUAUUUAUUAAUUUUUGGAACUCUUUUCCAUUCUUGGUCCUUCUUUGGUACUAGUUUUAUAGAAGAAGAGCAUAUGACUUGGUAUUUCUAUUGGAAUACGUUGAUGUUCUUCGUAUUGGUAAGAACUGUGGUCGUGAUUGUGACGUAUUUGAGUAAGAGAUGGUCAGGUGCGACGGAGACUCAAGAGAAACCUGAGUUAGAAGUGAGAAUGAGUUCUGUAGGAAUCAGUAUACUGCCUCAAUGGGUCGUGCUCAUAGCUUUACAUAGAUAUCUAAGAACAAUGAAUCAAACGGGUGACAGAUGGCUGUUUUUACCAGACACAGCAGAUUGGUUAAAUGCACCUGAAAAUUCUUUCUAUCUUCAAGCACAUCUUUUAAUAGGUACUCUGGCAACAUUAGGUAUAUGUCUUUGGAAUGUAAGAUAUAUGAAUAACUAUAUGUAUGUUCAUUCAGUACUAACUAUAUUAGCAACAAUCUGCAUACUAUGUUAUAGAAUCGCUUCGGACACAUUAGAAACUCCUUUCCCUGAUAUAAAGACGUGGGACACAAUAACAAUAGUUAAUUUAUUCUGGGCUAUAUUAAUAAUACAAGCUUUGUACGAAAUUAUAAUAUAUGCUGGUAUAUUUAAAAGCUGUGGAUGUGAUCCCGGUACUAAAAAAUUUGGGUAUAGUAAACCUAAAGUUAAAUCUGAAGAUUAUUACUAUGAACCAGCAGAGGAACCUUGGAAUGUAGAUAAUGUUAAACUGUACCUAGCUCGGUCUCUUUCUCACAUAAUGUUGAAUGAUUUAAUGUUAAUAGUGAUAUUAUUAAUGAGACCACAUAAUGUGAUUAUGGUGCCAAGUGUUUUUGUGACAAGUGUUAUGAUAUCAAAGUGUUUGGAUCAUAAACUGUUGGAUUUGAGAGCGGGCAAAGGCAAGGAGGUGGCCGAUUUGAUCGGACAAUCACUUGUUCAUGUAUGGAUCGGAAUGGUCUUCUUCUUUUAUCAGGGUAACUCCAACAGCUUAGCAUCAGUAGACCUGGGGUCGGGGUACGUGGGGCUGCGCGAGUACAGCCCGGGGCGUGUGGCGCUGCGCAUGGGGCUGCACGCGUACGCCGGGCCCGCGCUCGCCGGCGCCGCGCUCUACUGCCGCCUCGCGCGCGACUGCGACACCUGGCAACGGUACUUACAAUCAGUGUGGCGUGUAUGUAACAUUUACGCACUACACCGGAUCUACGCAGUGGCGGUGUACUGCGUUGUCGCAGUCACAUUCCGACAUCAUCUGUUCGUGUGGUCAGUGUUCUCGCCAAAGUUGUUGUACGACUUUGUGGCGACUGUGUUCACUGUACAAGCACUGGCGACCAUCGCACAGAUUGUACUAUUGACAAAUCUCACUCGCUGGGUCGCAAGUCUACGAUUUUAAUUCGUAAGCUAGCGGUUGACCUUGAAAUGGACUAAAUUUGACUUGACUAGAAAACUACUGCACUGACAUUCCUUCCAAAAUAUUUGACAGAACAGACUACA